CUCUUUUCUUUUCCUUUUCUUCCGUUUUUAUCUUUUAAUAUUUGUUGAUUUUUUACGGAAACAGAAUGGAUAUGGCGGAAAGUUUUGUUAAAAUUUCUCUCGGUUCCACGGAGUCGCAGGGAGAAGAAGAUGAUGAAAGAAGCAAAAUCUUUUUACACCUAAAACCCUACUGUUUGGAGCUUCUUGAGCUUUCCCAAAACCCUAAAAAGCAUGCCUCUUCUAUUCCAGCAUUGCUCCCCUGCUUCGCUCUUCCCCAUCCUAUUCUCUCCAGUCCUUCUUUGACUACACUUGGUUUCCAUUGCUGCUUUUGCUGGAUGCUGCAGUUGAUUGCAGAAGUUCGCGGAAUAAAAGUGAAAGUAAUAAUAAUAAAAGAGUAAGUGAUAAAGUAGCAGAAGGAGUGGUGGUGUGCUUGGAAGAGGUUCUCAAGAAAUGCCAUUUGGGUUCUGUGGAUCAGAUGGUUGUGUAUCUGAAAAAAUUGACUUAUGCUGCUUUGCUUUCUUCAUCUGAGGCAUCAGAAGAGUUUCGUGAAGGAGUUAUCAAAUGUUUCAGGGCUUUGCUUCUGAAUUUACUUCAUUGUCCUAAUCAGUCCUGCUUGUUCAAACAAAGCCUUAAUCUCCCAGUGCUCUUAGAAACUAGAGACUUACUGAUGUCAAAUAGAACUCUGAAGUUUGACUUGGAACAAGGAGAAUGUUACUAGCAUUUUUGCAGUCAGAAGCAGCUUCGGCUGCUGUUGGACACUGGCGUUCUCUUCUGCUCAAAGCUGCUGAUACCGAGGCUACACGAGGACAUCGAGGCAGUGCAAAUCUUCGUAUUGAAGCCUUUUUAACCCUACGUGUUCUUGUUGCUAAGGUAGGUACUGCAGAUGCGUUGGCUUUCUUCUUACCUGGUAUCAUUAGUCAGUUUUCCAAAGUGUUGCACAUUUCAAAAGCAAUGAUAAGUGGGGCUGCUGGAAGUGUAGAAGUUAUUGACCAAGCCAUUAGGGGAUUGGCUGAAUACCUUAUGGUAGUACUUGAAGAUGAAGCCAAUUCGUCUGGUCUUGAUAUGUACAAAGAUGAUUCUUUUGGCCAUAAUUCAAAUAAGUACAAAAAUCUACAACUUCAUUCUUGGAUGAACUCCGUCAAUUGCCAUUAAAGGCUGAGGGCAGAAGAGUGCUAGAAAGUGUAAAUGGUGAAUCAAUCAAUUCUAUUAGCUCUAAGACUGAAUCUGGAGAAAAAAGUAGCCCAGUUCUCGGCAAAGGACUGGGGCCUUUUCAUGUAGAUCGUACAAAAGAGUGGAUUGAGAAAACCUCUGGGAAUGUGAACAAACUAUUAUGUGCAACAUUUCCCUCUGUAUGGAUCUGUCUCACAUGUUCAUUUCUACUUUUAAGAUACUUUACGGCAUCAAAAUUUUAUUCAAAAUUUGUAUCAGAUAAUUUAUAUUCAUAAGUACUGCACUUUUGUUUUGAUAUACUGUUAUUAUGUUACGUCUCAGAUAUGUGAUCA